UCCGUUCGUUGACUCUGCCGAGUCAGCUGUGUUGACGUUGAGUUGAUAAACGAAAGGGGGAGAAAAGUGUCAGAGCGUCGCAAGAACAUUCCUGUGUUUUUAAAAAAUACCCUGAUAUCCUAAAUUAAUUAAUAAUACUAAAUAAUACUGAGUUAAUCUCGAGUGAGCAAAAUGUGAGGCGAGACGUGCACAAAAGUGAAGUGACGAUGGAUAGCAACAGGAAUUGAUGGGCGAGAGACAGGAAUCAAUUGCCAUGUUCUACAUGAUGAUGAGGAUUAACUUCAAGACGAUCCUGAUUGUAUUGAUUGUCGCAGUUUUGAGCUCAAUAUUGACAUCAUGGAAUGGCUGUGGGACGGGUUAUUUUUUGAGAAAUGGCCAUUUUCAACACAGGAAGGAUCGUCUUGCGAAUGUGGAACCAGACUAUCAAGAAAUUGACUGCAAUAUCAACGGCGGAUACUUAAUAAGUUGUCGACGUGAAGGAGUUGAAGUCUACAUUCCCUUCUCCUUCAUUCACAAGUACUUUGAGGUUUAUGGCAAACUGGUGACAUACGAUGGUCUCGAGAGAUUCGACUGGCUCCACAGUUACUCGAAAAUAGUCAGUCCCAAGGGUAAAUACGAUUCCCGAGGUGUUUUCAUGACAUUUGAAAAUUAUAACGUCGAAGUACGUGACAGAGUUAAAUGUGUCACUGGCCUGGACGGUGUGCCAAUGUCAACUCAGUGGGAGAGUCAGGGCUACUAUUAUCCAACACAAAUCGCCCAAUUUGGUCUGUCCCAUUACAGCAAAAAUCUGACGGAGCCAGAGCCUCACAAAAAAAUCAUUGAAGAUGGUGAGAGAAAUAAACAAAAUUGGAUUGUACCACAGGGAUCUGUCAUGUCACGUCCCUACGACAUUAAAACAAACAGUUACGUAUUGAAAUAUGCCUCCCCUGAGACCAGCACGUCCAGUGGAAUUUUCCUCAAUUUAGAUCAUGUCCUCUCGUUUGUACUGAAAUUGGAUCUCAGUAUAAAGGACAAUGGCAGCAUCACCGUUGUCAUGCAGCAUCGAGAUAGAAAGGACUCUUACUAUUUACAUUACGUGACCACGAGUAUCGUCCUCGAUUCAAUCAACAAUCAUAUUUAUUACGGAAUUGGAAGUACAAAUAAUCAAUGGAGAAGACUCACGAGGGAUUUGGUGGUUGAUUUGCAGAAGGGUUUGACCUUCAAUGAGAAAGGAAAGUAUAAAAAACUCUCCAGAUCUAAAUUAAAAGUUCUGAGGAUCAUCCUGAAUGGCUCCGGAAAAAUUGACAAUGUCACACUGUCAACGAGUGAACAUAUGGAGCAGUUUUACGACUCUGCCAAGUGGUUUGUCAAUAAUCAGAAUGUGACGUCUGGUGGUUGGGCCAAUCCAGUCAGGAGAAAAGUUGCCAGUGGUAUGGGAACACUGGAGCCCGGUUGGUACUCAGCAAUGGGACAGGGACAUGGAAUUUCGGUUCUGUCGAGGGCUUAUUAUCACUCGCAGGAUGAUAAGUAUCUUCAGGCUGCUGUCAGGGCACUCAGGCCCUUUCGGGUGGCUUCUAAUAAAGGAGGUGUUGCUGCCAGUUUUUUUGAUAAAUUUGUCUGGUACGAGGAGUAUCCAACGAGCCCUUCUUCGUUUAUUCUGAAUGGUUUUAUCUACUCACUCAUUGGAUUGUACGAUUUGAAGUCAAUCGCUACUGGUAAGGAUGCUGAGGAGGCUGCUGAACUGUUUGACAAAGGCAUGAUGUCACUUAAAAAUAUGCUGACACUCUAUGACACUGGGUAUGGAACUACUUAUGAUCUACGACAUUUUACCUUGAAAACAGCACCUAAUCUCGCCAGGUGGGAUUAUCAUUCUACUCAUAUUAAUCAGCUGCUUUUGCUCAGUACCAUUGACAGUGAUCAGUUGUUUGGGGUCACUGCAGAGAGAUGGAUUGGGUAUAUGAAUGGAAAAAGAGCUGCUCAUAAUUAAUAUUUUUUGUGUGGGUGCACUGGGUGUUGGUAAUUCAGGAGCGAAGGGGAACGGUUUAAGUCGGAAAAGUUGAGAGUCAAUCGUAAUUUAAAUGACAGUUUCACCUAUUCUGGAUGAUGAUUCAUUUUAUUUUAUUAAUUUAGCUCGAGAAUUUGGGCAGAAUCAAAUGAUCAAGUCGACUGAGCUCUUGUGCUCUUCAAGUUUAAUGGAAUUAUUGUCGAUUUGAAGCACUUGUCGACGAAAAACGUUUUGUAACUAAAAAAUUGAUUGGUGGGGAAUUUUUAUAAAAUUUCUUUUACUGUGGACAAUCGAUAUAGUGAUAUUUUUAGGUAGGGGCAAUUCUAGGGGGAAUCACAGGGAUAAAAUAAGAAUAAACAAAUUGUUUGACUAAAGCGAGGAGAUUCCUUUCGAGACAUGAACGAUAACCGAUUAAAUUUUGAUAUUUAUCAGCGGAGUCUGCGUUCAUGGAAUCAUCGUCAGACGAAAAAAUGUCUGAGUCAGCUAGAGGUCGCUCAUUAGUGGGUAGUUUUUUAUAAAAGGCCCAACUGUCCUUGUUAAUGUAGGGAAGUUGAUUUAAUAAAUCCCUAAACUUUGUGUAGACUUUCGAUCACGUGAAAUCGAGCUUAAAAAUUCAAUUCUUCUAUAGAAACUCCCCAAUUCAAUAAAAUAUGCGUUAUAAGAGUGAAUAAGUCGACUUAUCUGUUUUUUUGAAUCACUUUUUGUCGGGCUAUGUCGACACAGCUCUUUGAAAAUUCAUUCAGUGCAAAAUCACGACUCAACUCGCCUUAUUUAGUCCAAAAAAAGUCACUGUACUUGUUGCAAGACUCACAUUGUUUAUGCAACAAAUACAUUAUGUGUUCAACAGUCUAUUAACAUGAAAGAAAUUAAUUUCUAAAAAAAUCGACUGAAACCGUUUCCCCGCUGAAUUAAUUCCGAAUGGAUUAUAGGUUUUUUUCUACAAUUAUUAUCGUAUUUACAUUCCAUGUCGACUAAUAAUUGCAUCGGUUAUCCUCAUGUGAUUUAAUUUGUUCAGUUUGUCCUGAAAAAACAACUGGAAAUAUCAUAAAAAUUUAGGCAGCUAAGUUUGAACAAUCAGAACAUCUCCAUUCGGAAGUAAAUCAUUCAAAAUGUUACUUAGUCCUACCUCCAAACAUUCAGAUUAAUAAUUGUGUCAAUUUCAAUGAUAAAUGAGACUCCCAUUGAUAGGAGUAAAUUUUUUGUAAGGCAUUGUGAUCAUGUGCCACUAUUUAUUCGUCACAUCUCGGGGAAAAACAGUCUAUCCUAUUUUGUGCAGCAACACUGGCAAUUGUAGAUAAUAGAAUUAAUUAAUGAAUGAGUGGGAAGCGAGGGUUAAUUCAUAAUAAUGUACAGGGUAGAAGCGUAGCUCGUACCAGUGUCUUCAAUCCACCUCUGCAUACAUAAAUAUUCUUUAUUUAAAAUAUUUUAUGGAAGAGAAUUGUUUUAAUACAUUUACAUAUCGAACGCAUAAAUCGAGUUGAACAUUCCAUUAGUUUUUGUACAAAAAAAAAAUCACAUUUAUCGGUUACUUAAUGUGAAAAUAACCAUUUUAAACUCCAGUGACUUCGACAAUUCAUCAUUUAGAGUGACAAAGAGGAUCUCAGGAGCGUUAGAAAAUUCAAUUAAAUUUAAAUUGACUUUUGUCUACAACAAUAGAGAUAAUACCUCCCUUUUAUGACGUACGACAAUACUGUGAACAAAAAUAAUGAAAAAAAAAUUCAAUACAAAAUUCAUAUCACUCUUUGUAAAGACUUUGCUGUGCAAGGUUCAUCUGCUUAUUAGAAUUGAUAAUGUCGGUGCUUUAUGGUAAAAUAAUAUUUCGUAUUGAUUUUCGUAUUUUUGUGAGACGAAAAAAAAAAUUGUGACAUGGAAAAAUUCAUAAAUAAAUAUGUCGCCAUUUUUCUGUUCGUCAAUUAGAGUAUAUCUACUUUUUUACUAUACAUAUACAUAUGAAGUCCUGUAGAAGACGAGCUGAAUCUUCACUAGACAGUUGAAAGCUCAAAAGUAACGUAAUUAGUACGAUAUUGCGAGAUCAACAUUUUUUGUUAAUUUUUCAUUUUCAAUGGAAAAAUCAGUUUCAUUUACAGGUUGUAAAUGCUUGGUAUCGGCGCCUUGUAUAAUACAAUAUGCUUUUGGAAAACCAAGCUUUGUGAUUAAAAUGCCAAUUAGAAUAUAACUUAUGAAUUCAUACUUAAUAAUCAUGUAAUUCGACAUUUAUUUUCACUCGUAAUUUAGAAUGAUAAAUGAAAAUAUGUAAUUUAACGUAGUUUGAUAACAGUAUGUGAGGUAUGAAUCAUACGAUAAGUGUGUUGAUAUGAAAAUUACAAUCAAGUGUUAUUAGUUUUCUAGGAAAAUGAGACGAGAAAAUAUACGAAAAAAAAGUGAUUGAAAUUUAUCCACUGAAUGUGAUGAGAAUUUAUUUAAAAUCAACAAUACUCUAUUGACUAUCUUUCCAGUCUGACUGUCUUGAUACAUGGCCUACCAUAUCUGUUGUGAGCCUCGUCGAGAAAUGCAUUCUCCAUCUGUCUCACUAUCUCGUUGAAGAAUAAAUUUGACAGUUGAGAAUGCAGCACUGAUUUAAAUUCAAAUGACAGGGAAAAAUCAAUGACACAUGUGUUGACAUUAUUUUUCAAUCCUGGACUGAAUAUCCAGAGAGUAUUCAAGUGAUUGAAUAAUUUACCAUCUGUACAUACAGCCUUGACAAAGUAGGGUUUGUGCAUUGUAACGUGUGAUGUGUAACUCUCGUUGAGGGGUGGAAAUCCAAUUGAUAGACUAGCAUUGACAGCAUCAUCACCACGCCAUAAUAUGUCUGAUUUUUUACAAAAUGGCACGAAUUUUUUGUAAUUCUCGAUAUCAGCUACGACUGUGUAAAUUUGCUCCAUUGAAAACCUAGAAACAAUAAUAUUAUUUUCUUUUCUUUUCGAUAAUUUUUUUCUCGUCAAAAAUAUUGUCGAUAUGUUGAUGAACAUUACCCUCGUCACGAUGGGGUGACGAUACCAAUGAAUUAACAAAUGAUUUGUCAAUGAGAGAAUUGAUAUUACAAGAGCAAUUCAACAUAUCUGAAGACCUGUUUAAAACCUAAAUAUUACAUGUAAUUUUUUUUUUAUUACUAGACAAAUGUUUUGUAAGUUAAAUAGUCACUUUUUGAGGUUAGAAUCAUAUUUUUCUUUUUUUUUACUUGAAAAAGGUUCUUCUUGACCAAAAUGUUUUGUAAUGUUUUCAAUUUUUUUUUUUUCAUUAAUUUAAAGUACAAAAUUACUCUGGUCCAGUCGGUAAUAUUUCCAAAAUGGAAGAUCAGACUUCUUUUGUUUAUUCACUGGUACAUACUGUUCACUGGUCCUGUUACCCUCGGUUAAUUAAUUAUUAAAUAAUUUAUAAACGACAUGUCAUUGUGAGCAUAAGAAUUUUUACCCGAUUAAUUUUCGACCCUCAUAUUCUCUCGUUCUGUUACGUUUCUCUUGUGGAGUCGUAAACAGUCGCCUCCACUGUUCCCACAGACAUCCCCAUUUUUGUAAAAUAUAUUUUUCUCUUGAAUAAACACUCCUGUAAUACAGCA